AUUCACACAAAAACUUCAAAUCGAUUUUGAGUUUUGGCCUCGUAUCGGUGAUUCCAAACGUGCACAUUUGUCUCGUACUGUGCGCGGACUUUACGAGAUCAAAAACCGAAGAAAACAACGUUUUCCAAAUCAGCCACCUAAACUCCCACCUGUCUCGAUCUCUUUUAUAAGCAAGCCAUUACAUCUCACUCAACAGAUUCAUCAACCUCCGUUGUCUCAAAAACAUACGAAACUCGAAGUCUUUAUAGCAACAUAUAUAUCUAAGCUAUGGCGGCUACGAGUUUUGUUAAGUUGAAUGCAUCGUCUUCACAGUGGAUCGGUCAACGACCCGUUAGUCAACGCUCUGGAUCUGCUUCGGUUUGUCCGGCUCGUCGGGUUUCGGUUGUUCGGGCCGGAUCUUACAGCGAAGAGCUUGUUAAAACUGCUAAAACUAUCGCUUCCCCUGGUCGUGGUAUCCUUGCCAUUGACGAGUCCAAUGCAACAUGUGGGAAGAGAUUGGCAUCUAUUGGAUUGGACAAUACAGAAGUCAAUAGACAGGCUUAUAGACAACUUUUGCUGACUACUCCUGGCCUGGGUGAAUACAUUUCCGGGGCCAUUAUGUUUGAAGAGACACUUUACCAAUCAACAACAGAUGGAAAGAAGAUGGUCGACUGCUUGCUUGAACAGAAUAUAGUACCUGGCAUCAAAGUUGACAAGGGUUUGGUCCCCCUGCCAGGUUCCAACGAUGAGUCUUGGUGUCAAGGGCUAGAUGGAUUGGCUUCUAGAUCAGCUGAAUACUACAAUCAAGGUGCUCGCUUUGCAAAGUGGCGCACAGUUGUCAGCAUUCCUUGUGGUCCUUCUGCCUUGGCCGUUAAAGAAGCUGCCUGGGGACUUGCACGUUAUGCUGCUAUAUCUCAGGAUAAUGGUCUCGUACCUAUUGUUGAGCCUGAGAUUCUUCUUGAUGGGGAUCACUCAAUUGAUAGGACACUGGAAGUCGCGGAGAAAGUAUGGUCCGAAGUCUUUUAUUACCUGGCAGAAAACAAUGUGAUGUUUGAGGGUAUUCUACUCAAGCCCAGCAUGGUAACUCCAGGAGCUGAGCACAAGGAGAAGGCUUCUCCAGAGACCGUUGCGAAAUAUACACUCACUAUGCUUAAGAGAAGAGUGCCUCCUGCUGUUCCAGGAAUCAUGUUUUUGUCUGGAGGACAGUCUGAAAUGGAAGCUACUCUGAACCUAAACGCAAUGAAUCAGACCCCCAACCCCUGGCAUGUAUCUUUCUCUUAUGCACGUGCUUUGCAGAACACAGUCCUGAAAACAUGGCAAGGACUUCCUGAGAAUGUCGAUGCUGCUAAACAAUCUCUUUUGGUGCGUGCUAAGGCUAAUUCCAUGGCACAACUCGGCAAGUACACUGCUGAGGGUGAGAGCGACGAUGCUAAGAAAGGGAUGUUUGUUAAGGGCUAUACAUAUUGAUCCAUAGCAUACGACAGCACUUGCCGAGUAGUGAGUAUAUGUACUAUAUUAUCCUUUGGGAACCUUUUGCUUUUUGAUAACAAUGUAUGGUGAGAAUGACUUGCUCUAGGAAAAACUACAAGCUUGUUUUUACCCUCAUAAUCUGAAUAAAGAAUUGGUAUGAAGAAAAAUUCUUCUGUAACCCGUUACAAAUGGGAUUAGUGUCUCAUAAUCCAAUUAUUUCUUUUAUA